AUGGAAAAUGUCCCCCAGGAAAGCAAAGGAGGGGAGCAGGCCACAGUGAAGAAUGAAGAAGCUCUCCCUCUGCAAGUUGGUGAAGGCCAAGAGCCCAGAGGAAAUAAUAGAAGGGGUUGGGGUCCCACUACCCAAGAUGUUAGAGAUCAUAUGCCCCAUAGGCUUGUCAAUAACUUUGAUGAUGGAGAUACAGAUAAUAUGGAAAGGUUCAUGGAGGAGAUGAGAGAGCUGAGGAAAAUUAGGGAGCUUCAGUUGAGGUACAGUCUGCAUAUUCUUAUAGGUGAUCCCCCUCACCAUGACCAUGAUGAUGAGUUUUGCCUUAUGCCUUGA